GCUGUUUUCUGCUAUUAACCCACAUUUGUUGACUCUGCACAAAUGGAUUUUUCUGAGCACGGGGAAAUGUUGAGACAACCGUCAAACAGUAUUCCGCCCCAGCCGUCUGGGGGAGCGGUUGGAGCUACAACUACUAACAAACCGGAGAAUGGGAACCCGGUGCCCCCACCGCCGCCUGUAAACGAACGGAAAACUUUUUGUCCUUCGGAAAAUAAACCGUGCGAAAUGGAAGCCAAUAAAGCAUACGGGACGUUUAAAAACGCCGCACCUGGACCCACGUUUGCUCCCGUUAAUUCUGCCGUACGCAAGGAUUCCGUCGGUAAAAUGGAUGGUUCGACCGGUAAAGCCACGUCGGACUUCAUGUCUAACAAUCAAAGUGCUGUAAGGAUCGCGGCGGAGCAUAACAACACCACCGGUGACUGGACCUCCAUGAGCCAGACCACCAUCAUCCUGGGUACAGAUGGCAAUACAUCUGUUCUGCCUGGCACGGUGACCGGGGAUGAUGAUGAUGAAGGAGAUGAGAAUAAGGCCCGGGGGAACUGGUCCAACAAACUGGAUUUUAUUCUGUCCAUGGUGGGAUACGAUGAUGAUGAUGAAGGAGAUGAGAAUAAGGCCCGGGGGAACUGGUCCAACAAACUGGAUUUUAUUCUGUCCAUGGUGGGAUAUGCCGUCGGUUUGGGAAAUGUGUGGAGAUUCCCAUAUCUUGCUUUCCAGAAUGGUGGAGGUGCGUUUUUGAUACCUUACCUAAUCAUGUUAGGCCUCGCCGGUAUACCUAUAUUUUUGCUGGAGGUGUCUUUGGGUCAGUUCGCCAGCCAAGGCCCGGUGUCAGUAUGGAAAGCGAUCCCAGCUCUACAAGGUUGCGGGAUUGCCAUGUUGAUAAUAUCUGUCUUGAUAGCCAUAUACUAUAAUAUUAUUAUGUGCUGGACAUUGUACUACCUGUUCGCUUCGUUGAAGGAGACACUGCCAUGGGCCACCUGUAAAAAUGAAUGGAACACCGUCGAGUGCACUCUCCCCCUAGUUGACUCCUGUAUACUAAGGGACAGAGACAUCACAUCAAUCAAGAACACCACAUUCUGUUUAUCUGCAAAUGCUGUCGGGAAUUUAAGUAAACUGUUAAAUGUCACAAUGGACAAUAAAACCUAUGUCAGCCCUAGUGAGGAGUAUUUCAAGUAUAAUGUGUUGCAUAUUUCCAAGGGUAUUGAAUACCCAGGUGACAUCCGUUGGCCCUUGGCUGCUUGUCUUUUUCUGGCCUGGCUUAUUGUUUAUGCCUCUUUGGCAAAAGGGAUCAAGUCCUCAGGGAAGGUGGUGUAUUUCACUGCCACGUUCCCCUAUGUGGUGUUGGUCAUCCUGUUGAUCCGAGGGGUCACUCUGCCCGGAGCCGGUUCUGGGAUCCUUUACUUCAUAACACCCAAAUGGGAAAAACUCAAUGAUGCCAAGGUUUGGAAGGAUGCUGCUACACAGAUUUUCUUCUCUCUGUCUGCAGCAUGGGGUGGUCUUAUAACCCUCUCGUCCUACAAUAAGUUCCAUAACAACUGUUACAGGGAUACUCUCAUUGUGACGUGUACUAACAGUGCCACAAGUGUAUUUGCUGGUUUUGUCAUUUUUUCAGUUAUUGGCUUCAUGGCUCAUGAGCUCAAAGUCCCAAUUGAGAGUGUGGCAGAUGAAGGUCCAGGAAUUGCUUUUGUGGUCUAUCCAGAGGCUCUGACUAGGUUGCCCUUGUCACCAUUCUGGGCCAUCAUCUUCUUCCUCAUGCUGCUUACACUUGGUCUGGAUACUAUGUUUGCCACCAUAGAAACUAUAGUGACGUCUGUUUCUGAUGAGUUCCCCAAGUACCUGCGCAAACACAAGCCUCUGUUCACUUUGGUUUGCUGUUUGUCCUUUUUUGUGCUGGGUUUCCCCAUGAUCACUGAGAGUGGAAUGUACAUGCUUCAGCUGGUGGACACUUUUGCAGCCUCUUAUUCUCUGGUCAUCAUUGCCAUAUUCGAACUGAUUGGAAUCUCGUACAUUUAUGGACUACAGCGGUUCUGUGAGGACAUUGAGAUGAUGAUUGGGUUCCAGCCAAACAAGUUUUGGAGAAUCUGCUGGGCCUUUGUCACACCAACUAUUCUCACAUUUAUCUUGGCACUUAGUCUGUACCAGUGGAAGGGGAUGACAUAUGAGGAUUACACUUAUCCGACCUGGUCUAUGGUUCUCGGCUGGCUUAUGGUCAUCUGUUCUGUCAUAUGGAUUCCCAUCAUGUUUGUUAUUAAGAUGCACAUUGCACCUGGAUCGUUAAUUGAGCGUCUGAAGUUGGUGUGCUCUCCUCAACCCGACUGGGGUCCAUUCCUGAUGAAACACCGCGGGGAACGCUACAAGAACAUGAUCGACCCUCUGGGUACCAACUCCCUUGGCCUCAAACUUCCCCCCAAAGAUUUCCAGCUAUCAGCCCAAUAUCAAUAA